GAGAGUAUUCAGACGCUGAUGAAGGGUGUAGGGAUCUGGAGAAAGGAGGGCCUGGCGUUCUCUCCAUUUCUCAUGGAUGGCAGGGUCAGGCCGUCGUCGGGCAGCUCGCGACCCGGAAGUCGCCCGCUUUGUGAGGCCCCCGUUGCCGGGCGCGGGCGCGGGGGGCGGAGCUCGGCGGGCCGGGAAAGGGGUCGCCGUGGCUCCCGCUCCCGGAGUUAGUGGGCUCCCUCGGGUGCUGUUAGGAGGACGUCACGUCCUCAGCGCCUGUAACCGCGGUUUCCCGGGAACAGAGUCGGCUGCGGUGGGAGGCGACAUGAGUGCCGCGGGGCUGCUGGCUCCAGCUCCGGCCCCGGCUGGAGCGCCGCCGGCCCCGGAGUACUACCCGGAGGAGGACGAGGAGCUGGAGAGCGCCGAGGACGACGAGCGCAGCUGUCGGGGCCGCGAGUCCGACGAGGACACUGAGGAUGCUAGUGAAACUGACCUGGCAAAGCAUGAUGAAGAUUAUGUAGAAAUGAAGGAACAGAUGUAUCAGGACAAACUGGCUUCUCUCAAGAGGCAGCUGCAACAACUGCAGGAAGGUACAUUACAGGAAUAUCAGAAGAGAAUGAAAAAGCUGGAUCAGCAGUAUAAAGAGAGGAUCCGAAACGCAGAACUCUUCCUCCAGCUGGAAACUGAACAAGUGGAAAGAAAUUACAUUAAAGAAAAGAAGGCAGCAGUGAAAGAAUUUGAAGAUAAGAAGGUUGAACUGAAAGAGAACCUGAUUGCUGAGCUAGAAGAGAAGAAGAAAAUGAUUGAAAAUGAAAAGCUAACCAUGGAACUGACGGGAGAUUCUAUGGAAGUGAAACCCAUCAUGACCAGAAAGUUGCGGAGGCGACCAAAUGAUCCUGUCCCCAUCCCAGACAAGAGGAGAAAGCCUGCUCCUGCUCAGCUAAACUAUUUGUUAACUGAUGAGCAGAUUAUGGAGGAUCUGAGAACAUUAAAUAAGCUUAAGUCACCCAAGAGACCAGCAACCCCGUCCUCUCCCGAGCACUUGCCUGCCACACCUGCAGAGUCUCCAGCCCAGAGGUUAGAGGCUCGGAUAGAAGACGGCAAGCUGUACUAUGAUAAAAGAUGGUACCAUAAGAGCCAGGCCAUCUAUCUGGAGUCAAAGGACAACCAGAAACUGAGCUGCGUGAUCAGCUCAGUUGGAGCCAAUGAGAUCUGGGUGAGGAAGACCAGCGACAGCACCAAGAUGAGGAUCUAUCUGGGCCAGCUUCAGCGUGGGCUCUUUGUGAUCCGCCGGCGAAAAUUUUUAACUUACCGGGAAUAACUACUUGGCCUUGGAAAUGGAGAACCCCGUUGUGGAUUCUGCAAGGCACUUUUGUGGCUGGCCACUUCCAUCUUUCUGUCAUUCUUUCCUGCCUCGACUUCUUCUAGACAUCCGUCAACGAUGGACUCUUUCAGGAGUAUUGGGAGUUUCUUUUAUUUUAUUUCUUUAUUUUUUGCUUACACCUUCUUUUUAAAACCUCCUUUGAGUUUGAAGGAACAAGCCUUUUGAGUAAUUAUCUUUAGGUCUUUCUCCUGUGAGAAAGAGCAGGAAGGAAUAUACUCUGGUGCAUUUUCAUGUUUUGAAUCUGAUUAGUGGAUCACGUAGCUGCUUCCCUUGUCAAGCCCAAUUCACUGUUUUCCCAGCAGCUUGGGGCAGAGGUCCCAGCAGAAGGAGAUUAAUUCUCCUGGCUCUCAGCCUUCUCGGAGAAAUAAACGCCUGUGUGUAACAUCUGGCACACGCCACCCGUUCCCCUGGCUGAACGGCAGGAGUCUGUGCACUGUAGUAUUGAGCUGGGGUUGGGGACAUUUCAUAUUCAUAGUAUGCUGAAGUUACCAUAUUUUAAAUGUUAUUUAAUGCAGGUGAUUUAGUCAGGCACACUUACCCUAGCUCAGGCUGGAACAAGAAGUGGUAAUUGCAGAAGUUUUCAUUUGUAACUCCUUUCUCUCCCCAGUUCCCAAGUAGGUAGAAGUAGCACCUGUCACAGGCUGAUCAUCUGGGUUAUCUCUCGGAGGCAGGGCAGGGAGAUUGAUAGUGCAAUAAUCAGUGCUCUGUAGACUCACUGCCUAACUCAAGUUCACUCUCGGUGCUGGUACCGUUAUCGCACAUUGGCCGCUCUGCACCGUGGAACCUGGUCGUCAGGCCCUGGGCACCGAGGCCGCGCAGAGAUCUGGCCCUGUUUGAGACUAGGAAACCUGUGCUGUGGCUGCCACCAACCUGCACUCUUCUGAUGAGCCCUGAUGAAAACUCCCUGCACUCGCUGCUGCUUCCUCUCUGCCCCUUGAUUGGAGAAGUGAUGUGUUCACGGGUGAUAGGGUUUUUGUGUUCUAGCUGCCAUCUUGAGGUUUCAAGCAUUUGGCACUAGAGUAACCGUUAGCAUCUCUCUGGGCGGUCAGUAGAACUUACACGUUGUAGGAAAUCUUUGUAAGUAAUUCCACUGGUUCGUUGGUCACAGGCCCUUGGAAUCUUCAUAUUCUUCUUCUCUUGAUGUCCACACUGCACAGCAGGGUCUGUGAUGAGAAAUCACCUCCUAAGUUCUGGCUUCCAUGGAGACCAAACGGUUCUCAAGAGUAAAGCCUUGUACAGAUACAUAUUUUUUUUAAUUUAUAUCCAUUUUCCCCCUUUUUAAAAAAGUCUUAUUUAGGAAACAGGAUAAAUAAUGAUGUUUAUCAAAAGCUCCCUGGGGGUUCUGUUUCUUCCCUACCCUCCACCCCUCAUUGUUACCAUGUUCACAGUGGUGAACCAAGGCCACAAUAAACAGAGGCCUCACCUUUGCUUUGUCCUGGGUUUAUGCUUUGAGGGGCAACUUCUCUUGCUUGAAUUGUCACUAGUGUGUGUCAUAUCAUAUAAUUUAUCGUCAAGUGCCCUGUGAUGGAAAUUUAUUUAGAUACAUUCAGUAUACAUUUGUCAUCAAAGGUCUAAGAAACUGAAAGAAAAAACAACCCGAUCAUCUUCCUUGUCUUCCUCGAUAGUAUGCCAAAGUGUGUUAUCAUUGGAAAGGGUUGUGUUGAUAGCCACUGGAAGCUCUGCAUUGAAUCAGCAACAAGUGGCCUUUUUUCUUCCUUCUCUGGCAUCACUUUCAUGCCUUUGUGACAUAACUAUUUAUUUGAAGACCAGGGUACAGGCAUCUUUCCGUUUUCUCUCUGUCAUGUUUGAGGAUGUUUGAGACCUUGUUUAGACUUAGUCUUGAGCCUACCACUGCCUUCCCCUCAGCAUCUUCACAACCUUUAAUCAUGACCUUGCCACAGUGGGGGAAAUGUGAGGAGACCCAAGAGACAGCAUAGUAAGUUGUAGUCCUAAUACUAGAUUUAGUUUUUGUUUAGUCACCCUAGAGGUGAACAAGUGGUAGUGGAACCAUUCUGAUAGGCCUCAGUGGUGACCAGGGGCAGAAGUCCCCUAUUAAUGAAUGGAGCUCCUUCUGUAAUGGACAGAUACUUAACUAGAGGGGGAAGCAGAUGCUUGAGAUUUGUGGAAUAAGAGGAGCUGGGUUUCAACCUCAGUGGCAUUCUUACUUUACAAGAUCUUUGUCUCACGGUAGACCCCAGCAUACAUGUUCAGCUGUGUCCUGCAACUGACCCUUUGAAAAGGUUUGGUUGAGAGAGUUUUGACCAAGAACUUAUGUGUGUGGUUUGUUAGAGACAUCUGCCACAAGUGUUGUAUCCAGUGUUUGCUCGAGGUGCGUCCCAGUAUUUAUUUUACCUCCAUAUGGGGGUAUUUGUGCCCUUCCCCUCUGUCUCCCUUUCUCCCCAAGCUGAUGUCCUUUCUAGGUAGAUUUCUGUAGCCAUACCAAAGCCUAAGUGUUUCCAUUCAUUUGGAUUUCAGUAUUUGUGGAGUCUUAACUACCUAACCUAGUGUUUACUUUAAACUUCUAACUAGGACAAGUUUAAGAUCCCAGAAGCUGAUCUGUAAAUCAAGCUACACAUAUUUGUAUAUGAGACCCUGUGUUCAGGACUGGGAGGCUUUUCUAAGACAAAUAGGGAGUGGGGUGGGGUUGAUUGCAUUUUAUAACCUAAAUCUGGGUGGGCGGGAUUCUAUUUUUUACAGUAAUUUUUUGUUUUGUUUUUCUUGUAACAUUUCCUUUCAGUCUUGAAUUUUUACUAAAUAAUUUCCUCCUUAUUUAAAUAUUUUGUUUCUCACCUGGAAAUUUGGAAUCUUGGUACUUAUAUCAAUUUUUUUCAGAGAGCACAACAUUUUAAUACCCGAACAUGGUAAAUCUGCAGCCAUUUCCGGCAAUGGGUGGGCUUUUUAUAUAACAUCAUUAGUUGGUACCAUUAAAUAUUCUGAGAAGUGAAUGUAAAAAUGUAAAAAGAUAGUUUUUUUUUAAAAUAAUAAACUUGAAGAAAGAAAA